AUGACAAAGGUGUCAGCUACUUGGACUCGGCUCGCAUCGAACGACCGCCUCAGGCGUUCAUCACAGGCAGUCUCGGUCGUCGGCAACCAAGCCUACGUUUUCGGCGGCGAACUGCUCCCACGAGAGCCCGUAGACAAACAGGUCGAUGUGAUUGAACUCUCUCCUGACAAAGAUUCGGCCUCCAUCAAGACCAUUCCCACCGACACAGGAGCCCCGAGUCCAAGAGUCGGAGCCCCUAGCACAGCCUUGAAAGAUGCCUUCUACCUCUUCUCCGGCCGCGGUGGUAUCGCCAUGGUGCCCGUCGCGGAAAGCGGUGGUGUCUGGCGAUACACCCCAACCCAAGCUCGCUGGGACCUGCUCAAGCCAACAGACGUAACCGCACCACAUCCAGCCGGACGCAGCUACCACUGCACCGCCUCAGACGGCAACAAAACCAUUUACGUCCACGCAGGGUGCCCAGAAAAGGGCCGCCUCUCCGACCUGUGGUCCUUCAACAUCGAGUCAAAGAGGUGGGAAGAGCUCGCCGCAGCCCCUCCCCCAGCACGGGGCGGCGCCUCCAUCGCCUUCUCCGGAGCCAAGCUGUACCGCAUCAACGGCUUCGACGGCACUUCGGAACAAGGUGGUUCUCUCGAUGUCUACGAUCCCGCUUCCGCGGCUUGGUCUACCAUUUCAUACAAGGCGAAUGGUGUUGAGGGCCCCGAGGCGCGAAGCGUAUCUGCACUCGUCGCCGUUGAAGUGAGCGGCAGGCCGCAUCUUGUGACGCUAUUCGGCGAGCGUGAUCCUAGUUCGCUAGGCCACGCUGGUGCUGGAAAGAUGCUCUCGGACGUUUGGGCUUUCGAUAUCGAGGAUGGGAACUGGGAGAAGGUCUUCUUCGAGGGAGAUGCCCCACCGCCUAGGGGUUGGUUUGAUGCAGAUGUGGUGAUUGAUGGAAGUAGACAGGGUGUGAUUGUUCAUGGAGGCCUUGCUGAAGACAAUUCGAGGCUCGGAGACGUUUGGAGACUUGAUUUUUCUUAG